CGCACGCGCAGUGUCCGCGCCGCGAGCGUAGGUAUCUGCUCGUUGCUGAGGUGGCGGCCGAGUCAGGGCUGCACGGUCCGAUCUUCGGGGGCCCGGGCACCAUGGCCGAGGGCAGUGGGGAGGUGGCGGCCCUGCCAGCGUCCGGGGUUGCUAACAACCUGGGCAAUGGGGCCGCGACCUCGGUGCAGACCCUCAACCCGCUCUCGCGGAAGCUGCAGAAGGUCCUGGAGACGCGGCUGGACCACGACCAGGAGAUGUUGGAAGCUCUCAAGGCACUUUCAAGCUUUUUUGUUGAAAAUAGUUUGCGGACUCGAAGAAAUUUACGUGGAGAUAUUGAACGCCGAAGCUUAGCUAUCAAUGAAGAAUUUGUAAACAUUUUCAAGGAAGUGAAGGAAGAACUUGAAAGCAUAAAUGAAGAUAUUCAGGCAAUGAGCAGCUGUUGUCAAGAUAUGACAAGUCGCCUACAGGCGGCGAAGGAGCAGACUCAAGACUUAAUAGUAAAAACCACUAAGCUUCAAGGUGAAAGUCAAAGAUUAGAAAUACGAGCACAAGUUGCUGAUGCCUUCUUGUCCAAGUUCCAGCUGACUUCUGACGAGAUGCGUCUUCUCCGAGGCUCCAGAGAGGGGCCCAUCACUGAGGAUUUCUUCAAAGCAUUGGGAAGAGUAAAACAGAUUCAUAAUGAUGUCAAAGUUCUCUUGCGUACAAACCAACAAACUGCAGGUUUAGAAAUUAUGGAACAGAUGGCCUUGCUUCAAGAAACAGCUUAUGAAAGACUUUACCGAUGGGCUCAAAGUGAAUGCAGAGCUUUGACACAGGAGUCAUGUGACAUAUCUCCGGUGCUAACUCAGGCCAUGGAAGCCCUGCAGGAUAGACCCGUCUUGUACAAAUACACUUUGGAUGAAUUUGGAACAGCCAGAAGAAGCACAGUUGUCCGUGGCUUUAUUGACGCUCUCACGAGAGGAGGCCCAGGAGGUACCCCCAGACCCAUCGAGAUGCACUCCCACGACCCCCUGAGGUACGUGGGGGAUAUGUUGGCAUGGCUGCAUCAGGCGACUGCGUCUGAAAAGGAGCACCUCGAAGCUCUCUUAAAGCGUGUGGCCGCACAAGGUGUUGAAGAAAACAUUCAGGAAGUUGUGGGGCAUAUCACUGAGGGUGUGUGCAGGCCUCUAAAGGUUCGAAUUGAACAAGUAAUAGUUGCUGAACCUGGGGCAGUUUUAUUAUAUAAAAUUUCUAAUCUCCUCAAAUUCUACCACCAUACAAUUAGUGGCAUCGUUGGAAAUAGCGCAACCACUUUGUUGACUACCAUUGAAGAAAUGCAUUUGCUGAGCAAAAAAAUAUUCUUCAAUAGCCUGAGUCUUCAUGCAAGUAAAUUAAUGGACAAGGUUGAACUCCCUCCGCCUGAUCUUGGGCCAAGUUCUGCCUUAAGCCAGACGCUCACACUAUUGCGUGAGGUUCUGGCGUCUCACGAUUCCUCAGUCGUGCCACUAGAUGCUCGCCAAGCUGAUUUUGUGCAGGUUUUAUCCUGUGCCCUGGACCCUCUCCUCCAGAUGUGCACUGUCUCAGCCAGCAACUUAGGUUCUGCUGACAUGGCCACUUUCAUGGUCAACUCGCUGUAUAUGAUGAAGACAACAUUGGCUCUGUUUGAAUUCACCGACAGACGUCUGGAAAUGCUGCAGUUCCAGAUUGAAGCACAUUUGGACACACUUAUAAAUGAGCAAGCAUCCUACGUUUUAACUAGAGCAGGCUUGAGUUACAUCUAUAACACCGUGCAGCAGCAUAAACCUGAACAGGGCCCUUUAGCACAUUUGCCAAACCUGGAUUCUGCGGCCCUGAAGGCUGCCAUGGUUCAGUUUGAUCGUUACCUGUCAGCCCCAGACAACUUAUUACUGCCACAGCUAAACUUCCUUCUAAGUGCCACAGUGAAGGAGCAGAUCGUGAAGCAGUCCACAGAACUGGUCUGCAGAGCCUACAGCGAGGUGUAUGCGGCCGUGACAGAUCCCGUCGGCGAGUACCGGGACCCGGAGAGCAUCCUGCAUCGGUCGCCGCAGCAGGUGCGGGCGCUGCUCUCCUGAGGGUCCGACCAGUUGUUGGCGCAGCACGUUGCCCCUGACACACUGGAGGGUUUCUUGUGUUUUAGGCUGUUAGUCUUUACUUUAAAAUUUGAUAGUUAGGACUCUCUUUGUCCUAAGAUGGUAGGUUCCAGUACUUUUUGCUUUUUGCAACUUUUGGUCGCAGUAACAUGUGCAUGGAUGACGUGUGCUGAGCCCAGUCCACGCUGUGCGGCCUUGGGGUCGGGAUAUCUCUGCUCCGCUGUCCGCCCCGGAGCUCCGCCAUUCCCUCUGCUCUGGAGACGUGUGCAUGGGAAAAGGUGGUCAGGAGAGGAGGGUUAUUUUACUAGACUAGUUCUAAAUUUAUGGCACAUAGAAGACUUGUCUAAACUUACUAAUUAGUGGCAUUCAGGAUGUGACCCGAUAAAAUGUCUCUUUACCCAGUUCCUUUGCUUUCUUGCUAGUUGUUAGCAUGAGUAGGCACAUGUAGUCACUUUUCUUAACCUGGCCUAUGUCUCUGCCCCUAAAAGGGUUGUGAGAAAAGAUGAAAGUGGCAGAUUGUGCUUUCGAAGUACAGACUAUGAAUCUCCCUGUUUUACUUUAGCACACAGAACAUAUAUUAACUACUCGUGUUUUUAUGCAGUUUUAAAUACACCCUCAGCCAAGAGUGAAAGAGAGAGAGGUUACCUGAGUAGAGACUCUACUCCGGUUCUCCCUGGACUAGGCUCCGGGCCUCCCAGGGUGUGCGUCCUGUACUGUGUGUCCGUCCUUCCGUGGUUGAAGAUACGCAGUUGCCACACAACACAGACCCCAAGUCCAGUGUCCUGCGCAAGCGGGAGGCACUGCUGGAGGGGCGGUCCUGGCAGGCAGUGCGGCCUGACGUUAGAACUGCCCCGAGAGCCACAACCACCUGUUUGUCAGCAUCGGCCUCAGUGCGCUUGAGAAGCUCCUUCCUGUUAGGGUUGCUGGGACAGCACGUCUUCAUUUUUGGUUAGCCUCUCAAAAGAGAUAAUAAGCCCCUAAACUAUAAAUGAGAAAAUUGAGGCACAAGGUAAAAAAUGGACGGAUUUUAAAUACUUUGAAAAAUAGCAACAUAAAAUUAGUAUUUGUAGUAAAUUGUCUACUAUAUGACAUAAAUUAGCAUUUCUAGAACAUGGCCAUUUAUCUGUCUGCAGUUCAUACUUGCUUAUACUAGUGUAGUUAUUUUGGAAUAAGAAUGACUAUAUCUCAUCUGUGUUGGUAUAAAUUUGUAUUUUUAGUUUUUACCCUUCAGUGAGUAUGUGUGAUAUAUAAAAGACGGAAUAUUAAGUGACAUAAAUCAGUAGCUUAAAUUUACAUAAUUUAUUGUAUUGCAAGAAAAGAUUGACACCUUACCAUUAGUGAAUGACUUUAUUUUCUUGAAAAAAUGAAUUUUGCUUUUUACCUGGUUUUCUCAAAUAAAAUGUUAAACAGUUU